CUUUUAGUGGCACCGGCAGUAUAAAAAAAUGUCUGAAAGUUACUCAAUGUCGGAAAGUGUGCACGUAGAUGAGUCUUCACACCCAAUUUCUACAAGUGAGAAGCACGAUUUAUCAUCAGCUGAUCAUUUAAAUUCACAUUUCCAGCUUCCUGCCGUCUUUUUUAAAGACGCACUGCAAACCCCAGUUGAAAUGGUUUCACACCAUUCCCAGCUCAUGAACACUCGGACCCAUGAAGGAUCAGGGGACUGGACCUCUCAAGACUUUAUCGAAUGUGGGCUGCGAUCGAUACCCCAGGAAGUUUCAACUCAGAAAGGACGAAGGAAAACAGGUCGUAAGGUUAAUAAUAAAAAGUCUUUUGAUAGGAUAUUUAAGUUCGAUGAUGAAAAGAAAAUAUUGAUGGCCUUGCAUGGAACCAACCAGAGGGGUGUUGAUACAAAAUUUUGGAUGAAAGCUGGUGGGUCCCUCAAUCUCAGCGUUCCGGACGUUGAAAAAGGACAAGUGUAUCAAAAAGUAAGACUGUUGAGGAAUAAGUUUCUCAAGAGGUAUAUCAACAAUAAGAAUCAUCAUGCAAUGAGUGAGGAGGAAAGGGAGCUGUAUUGUUUGUCCUACAAAAUAUGGAAGAAUGAAGCUAAAUCCCUAAAACGUCAUCAAGAGUAUAAGAAGAUAGCAGCAGUGGAGAAAUCUAUUGCAGCACUAACCAAGGAUUAUGUCCAUUUUCCUGUUGAGAAGGCACUAAAUUUAGUUCCACCUUCCAAAAGAUCAAAGUUGCUCAGAAAAUGGAAGGAUAUGCAUGCUUCCAUGAUUCAACAACACAUGGCACGCCUUGACCUGGUUCAAGAGACUAUGAGAGCGUUGGUGUCAUCAUCUUCUAUCCAUAUCUAA